AUGCAUCAACACCCACGGUCGCCGGCGCCCCAGGCGCCCACCUCGAGCAGGUCGAGCUUAUCUCGUUCUGCCGAUCGCAGAGACUCCGAUCUCCGCCCGAAUUCUCCCACGGCCGAUGUGCGCAUACAACAUAGCAGAGGCUUGGGCAUCGAGACGGAGCCUGCCUCCGAGCAGUCGCAGAAUACGCCGCCCGGGAAAGAGGCGUUGGCAAAACUCAAUCAGAUUAUCUCGAACUAUCACACCAAAGCCGCUCUAAUUAUACUAAACUCCCGUGUUGAGCUUCCUGCGUCGUUUGUCAAGGGCUCCGACACUCCGAAAGUGAAUCGCUGGUUCAAUGUCGAGCUGGAGGACACGGACGCUCUCCGGGAACAAUUGCGGACAUGGCGGAUGUGCGAUGCGACCGAGAAUCGACCCCCUCCUUUGAUCAUCGAAACCUACCUGGAUACGGCUGGACUCACAAAUAACCAGAGUCUCGUGGCAUUAGAUGAGAAUGGGAAGCGAUGGGACGUGCUUGAAUCCCUCGCCACGUCACGAGAGGCACAGCCCGUUCGACCUCCCUCAUCCAAAUCCGAUGAUGUCAUCUUGGAGCGAUGGAGGAUUGAGCUGGGCGAUACGUCCAGUCGGCUCCCAACUGAUCUUGCCUCUAUUCUACCCACGAUAUACAAGAAGAGCAUCGUGCUCUUCAGAUCCCUAUAUGCGUAUUCGAAGCUUUUGCCCGCCUGGAAAUUUACUAAGCGUAACGGGAGAUUACGUGCCAACCCGGCUCUGCGCAUCAAAUAUAGAGUCCUCAGCGGACAAGCUUCUCAGGAGACCCCCAAGCCUGAUCAUCUGACCAUCCCGUUGUACGAAGGAAGCAACAAGGUGGUGGAUACUUAUAGCUUUGGAGUCACGGAAUCGCCUGCCGGCCCAUUUUCUGUGCAAGUCACCUACCGAACCAGCUGUGAAUUUAGAGUGGACGAUGCGGAAGCACUGCUAAGCUCACGUUUCAUGGGAGCCGACGAUGAAAUCUUCCGCCCUUCGUUACCAGACAAAGCGUUGCACACCAAGGGCCUCAACGCUGAGAUCGGGUCAGUCCCGCUAGAGAAGAGGACCGUCGAGGAUCCCGACCCAAGCCGGGCGUACGGCAGCCUGUCAACUUUCCAUCAAGUCGGACCUACGACAAGUGCAAGCCCGAUUUCCGCUCUCCGGGCUGCGAGGCAUUCGGGCGCCUCGUCCCCUUCCCCGCCUGGUUCUUCUUCUCGCCGGCCUCUGUCAAUGGCCAAAGCCAGCCCUGCAGGCCGUGCUGCUGUCCUCGCCGGAGAAGGCAGUCCCGCAGUUGGCAGACGGCCGUCCAUCUCAUUCCAACCGUUUAAAGCUCCACCGCUAUCGGCCUCUCCGUCGUUGGUCGACCCUCCUCUUGGUGCUUCUCCUCGCUCGGCACCAGGGUCUCGGAAUAUGCCUCCCCCAUCGAUGGCCGCGUCGGCACGCAAAUCCCUUACCGCGGCCCCCGACAAUGCGAUCGCAUCCUCUAACUCUGCCUCUCCACGGCCAGCUCCGAUCUCGAGGUAUAGUAGCGCUUUCAGUCACCGUCGGGGUAGACCUUCUUCCGGCGGUAUCAAAGUGGACGAUGAUACCUCGAGUGGCAAAGCCAGUGCGACGUCUUCUGCCCAACCUGGCUCUGGUUUACUCGCAGAAGCAACGGGCACGAGCGCGGAAUCCAUCCACGCAGACGACGAGAACAUCUCUGAGUUCUUGAAAAUGCUCGAUUUGAAAAAGGAUCUAUUAAAUCCUUCGAAUCCCACGAAUCUGGACGCUGCUGCGCGUAGAACCACUGCCACCAGUGCUGCUCUGACUCGGUUCCAGCGAAUGAGAGAUUCUAAUGCCGCUCUUUCAGACUCAAUGUCGUCUUCCUUGCUUUUGCAGCGCUCGUCCAAUUCCUCGAGUAAGCAGCUCUCGGGUGUCCCCCCUAUGGUGGCCGGUACAUCCAUCUCCACGGCAUCCUCACCCGGCAAACCAAUCUCGCCUCAUACACCUCAUACGCCGGCCAUCCCGUCCCGCCUCAGCUCCAACAGCAUUGUUGAUUAUAAUGACCCCAGCAACAAUGGACAACAUGACACGUCUCUCGACGAGAACAGUGAUGGGACGGAGCGUACGCCAUCGGCCGUGAACGCAAUCGAUAUUCCCACGUCGCCGCGAGUCUUUCCUCCCGUCUACCGCCGCUCUAGCUCUGCCGCACACCGCCGCCGUACUGUUGCCGUUGACGAUGAUGAGAUUUUCCCUUUUAACAUGCGAAGCGUGAGCUUGGGCGCUGAAGAGAGAUCUAACCUUAGCUUGAGCGCAUUGCAUCGGCAACAUGAGUAUGAGAGCAAUGAAGCCAAUGUGGACCAACCGCAGAGGCAGCUACGUCCUACAUCGUUGAGCGAUGACCCGACGGGGCCUGCGACCUCCGCAGCACACGAUGCAGCCCAGCAUAGAAGGGCAGUAGCCCCCGAUGCGACGGCGGCAUCUACAUCAUCAUCGCACCACCACGUGUAUCAACCACGCUUCGGCAGUCAUCGUGGUCGAGGGUAUUCCGGAGGUCCUCAGUCGCUCAGCUCGGGCUCAAGCAGUCUCGCACGUGGAAACAUGAUCUCGCCGUAUGCUGCAGACCGGGACAACGACCGCGAAGGUACCGGAAGCGGUAGCAAUAGUGGCACAUCUGCGCUGGAGGAACGCCGCGGAGCUGGGCGACGGCCCAGUGCUGGCCGUGGCGGUCCUUCCCAGACAGCGGAAGAGGACGAGCCCUUGUUAUUUGCGAUGAGUGAUUUUGGCGUAUCCCGACGAAGCUUCGAAGAGGGCCGACAUGGCAAUCACACCGCCGAUGCUGGUGGGAACUCCAGCACAUCUCGACGAGGCAGCCGGCGAGGAGGACUAUCAGGAUUUACCAUCUGGUAG